CACCAACCCGGCUGCGGGAGCUCGACAGAAGUUUCACUUUUUGUUUUAGGGGCUUCCCUUGAUUUUCCCUUUGGUUUCAGACCCUCGGAUUCGCCCCCUGCCCGGGGCCAGGAGAGACAGGGCUGGGAAAGAAAUCCAGAGUUGUGACUCAGGAAGAGGCUUCGGAAGGAAGAAACCCUGAAUAUCUUUAAAGUGCCUUUCUGCAGUCAUCCAGGAGUGUUCAGCGCCAGAACUGGGAAGAGAACUCUGGUUUCUCCAGAGCAAAGGAGCUCAUGUUCUCCAUCUCCCAUGACAUCGGAACUAUCAUAACCUUGAUCCCUGGAGGCCUUGGUGCCCUUCACUGCCUAUCUUAGCCAGUUGUCGUCCGUUUUCAGCUCUCUUGCUCCUGGAUCGCGUUCCUAAUGCCAUCCGCGUUAGGGGGGAGCAUCUGAACGCCAAAAUUCAGAGGAGUGUGAAUGUACGACCUAUUGGAUGUGAACUCCUUCUUCUAAAGCAGACUUGCAAUACCCUAAUCUCUCGCUUGCCUGGGAGACCCUUCAGCGUUCCUGUAAGUACGUCUCAUCCUGGGCUUGGAGGGCGCCUCCUGACUUGAGAUCUGAACCAUGUCCCACCCAUCAUGGCUGCCGCCAAAGAACACCAACGAACCCGUUGGACACGUCACUGCGAGAAUGGAGACCACGCACGCUUUUGGGACCCCCAGCAUCUCUGUGUCCACGCAGCAGUCGCCAAAGAAAUUUGCACCAGUUGUUGCUCCAAAGCCAAAGUACAAUCCAUACAAACAGCCGGGGAGUGAUGAUUUCCCUCUGCCACCACCACCACCACCACCACUUCCUGGAGAUGAUCUCGGGAACCUCCCAGCGCCUCCUGGUGCCUUUCCCCCACCACCCUCUACAGAUGAGGCUGGUUUCAGUGUGCAGGUAAAUCCCGGUGAGAAGACGCUUGAAGAAAGACGAUCCAGUUUAGAUGCAGAAAUCGAUUCCUUGACCAGCAUCCUGGCUGACUUGGAAAGCAGCUCCCCAUACAAGCCCCGGACUCAACAGGGCUCUGGGUUCCCCACCGGCUCCCCGGUUACUUCUCCCCCGGGAUCUACUCCGGUUACUGGGCACAAGCGGAUGAUCAUUCCCAACCAGCCGCCUCUCACUGCCACCAAGAAAUCUACUGCCAAGGCACCGGUGCAACCUGCUGCCCCGCCCGCCCCAGUCCCAGUGACUCCUGUUGGUACGCUAAAACCUCAGCCGCAACCAGUUCCAGCUUCUUAUAUCACCGCGUCCACUCCCACCCGCCCGGCGUUCAACGUACAGGUGAAAACAGCCCAGCCCAGCCCUCACUUCCAGCCACCUGGCCCACCGCCCGUUCAGUAUGGGCUGGGUCCAAGCCAAUCCUACGCUCCUCAGCCAGCCCGGCCCCCGGGGCCAGCACAGUAUGUUCCAUCUCAGCCUCGUGGUCCUGAGUAUGGCUACGCUCCCCAGCCUGCACGUCCUUCAGAGCCUCCUUAUGGCUUUGCACCUUCACAGGGGCGGUAUCAAGAUCUUUACUACCCUUCAGGCCCUGGAUAUGGAGGAAGAAAUGGCUCGGAACCAUCCUAUGUGCCACAAAACACCUGGAAGCCCGAGCCGGCCUAUCCCACAGCUAACACCAUGGCCCAAAAUCCAGCUGGGCCGUACCAACAGCCCAGCACAAAGAAGACCUACAUUACGGAUCCGGUGUUAGCACCUCCUCCACCACCCAUGCAGCCAAAGAGUGGGUUCCCUGCCUCUGGCCCGGCAUCAAAUGCUCCUUUGUUCAGACCUGAGGACGAGCUGGAACAUCUGACCAAGAAGAUGCUGUACGACAUGGAGAAUCCGCCCUCUGAUGACUACUUCGGCCGCUGUUCCCGUUGCGGUGAGAACGUUGUCGGGGAAGGCACUGGCUGCACCGCCAUGGACCAAGUGUUCCAUGUGGAAUGUUUUACCUGCAUGACCUGUGGCAACAAGCUCAGAGGCCAGCCUUUCUACGCGGUGGAGAAGAAAGCGUAUUGUGAACCUUGCUACAUCAACACACUGGAGCAGUGCAGCGUCUGUGCCAAACCCAUCAUGGAGAGGAUCCUGCGCGCCACGGGGAAAGCCUACCACCCCCACUGCUUCACCUGUGUGAUGUGCCACCGCAGCCUGGAUGGCAUCCCCUUCACUGUGGAUGCCGGAGGGAACAUUCACUGCAUCGAGGAUUUCCACAAGAAAUUUGCACCGCGAUGUUCCGUGUGUAAGGAGCCCAUUAUGCCUGCCCCGGGUCAAGAGGAGACCAUACGCAUUGUGGCAUUAGAUCGUGACUUCCAUGUCCAGUGCUACCGGUGUGAGGACUGUGGUGGCCUCCUGUCUGAAGGGGACAAUCAGGGCUGUUACCCUCUGGAUGGACACAUCCUUUGCAAGACCUGCAACUCAGCUCGGAUCCAGGCACUCACUGCUAAGGCCAGCACUGACCUUUGAGUGUCUACCACCACACUCCCAUAUUUGCCUGUUGGGGGAAUUGCACAACCUUUCCAUUUAGCAUGACUCCUUUCCAGCCUAGGACCUAAUUCUCUAUUGAAAAAGUAAAGCUGGAAGGCCUUGGGACAAGCAGGCAGUUUCUAAGUUUAUCUCGGUUUGAUUCACAUCUCCUAAGAAGCACAUUAAAAUUGGGAUGAUUGGGCUCGAUUCUCUUCUUACUCUGGUGUGAGGGCCUGAUCCUACUCCCAUUGGCAUCAGUGGGAAGUUAUAUAUUGGACAUGAUUCCAUAAUACUAGACUUACACCAGUGUAAAACCAGCAUGUAAGUGCAAGACCAGAAUCAGAGAAAUUGUUAUCACAAGACAAACUAUACAAACAUUGGCCAUGAGACAUUGGGCCUUUAUAUUGGUAUUGUUUUAAAUCAUAGGGACACAGAUUUGUUUUAAAUCAUAGAGACCAUAUCUUUUUCUUAUGCCCUCGCUUGUCUCCAUUCCCUUCCAGUUUCAUAACUUUUUCUUUUCUAUAAUAUUAUAUUUCGCUGUGGCAUACAUGUAUUCAGUAAGGAUGCUUCCAACUCUCAGAUGCUAAGGCAUUUAUGUAUGAGCCAUCCCUGAAAGUUGUGAGCCUGCACACACACACACACACGCACGCACACACGUACAUACAUAUAUCCUUUUGAUAAACUAGAGCUAUAAAGUCACUGAGAAGUUAUGUUAAUUAUUUUGGGGGCUGGAAAGGGUUAAAAAGAAAUUCAAAAUGGCUUCAAAGAAAAUGACCAAUGAUAGCCACCACGGGCAUGCUCAAAAGGAUCCUAGGUUCUCCGGGGCCAAUGCAGUUACAUAGUGACCAGUGCGCACUGCUUGUUUCCAAACAAGUACUUUAGCAAUGGAGUCUUGAUCCAGCUUCCACUGACAUCAAUGGAAAGACACCCGUUGGAUUGAAUUCUACCUUGAGACAGGCUCAGGCAUUCGGGGAUGAUGGUAACAUACCAGAGCUGGAGUUACAGUACAAGCUAUGAGAAUUGUUUAAUAUUUCAGCAUUUAGGGCUUUCCAAAUAGCUGACAUUUCUGGAACAGGAAUGAUUCAUUUUUCAUCUCAAGUUGUAAAUAGGUGUAAUUUAGCUCCCAAAAGGGAAAAACGACAGACAUCUUUUCUCCUACAGUUUCAUCACGCAGUUUUUUCUAUGUGGAGAAAUGUCAUUGCAAAGGAAUGAUUGGGGGAUGUCACAGUUCCAGGAAAAAAGGGACGUAUCGAUGCACUCUUCAGGGAGUUAAAAAUUUGCACUAAGGUUAAUAAAAACCUAUGCGCAAGCAGUUCGUGGGUCUUUUGGGGGUGGUAGGUUUUUUUUGAGGGGGGGGGUUGGGUUUUUUUUUUGUUAAUUAAAAAUACAUUAUAAAUCCACAACUCAUUUUGUACAGCUAUAAUAUUCUUAUUCAUGAAACCCAUAAUAACUAAGGUGCAAAUUACAUGGGAAAGGAGCAAUUUUCAUAUCACUGCAUUGACAUUAAUAUCUUAUUUGCAGAUGUAAUCAAAGAAAAUACCUUUAGCUGCACUUAACAAAUUAAGAGCCAGAACUGAAGCAUUUCAGGGCUGAUUGACCAUAUUAAUAACAAACUUGCAGUUUUGAAGAGUAACUUUUGUGAAUUUUGCUCUCUCUCACAAUAAUAAAUAGUAAAAUGUGGUGCUUUCCCCUUCAGUCUCUGUAACAAGAGCUGAAUAAAAUUACAUCACCCAAACCUGAAAAGAAAAAUGAGUGAAAUGAAAUGAGAUGGGUUGGAUCCAAGCGAAGAUUAAAGAAAAUGGAAAAUUGCCUCUUACUGUAACUCCUGAAAAUGGUAUGUCCCCUCCCGGCUCAGCAUUUCGGUUGACCUUUAUGGCAAAGUCCUAUUGAAUAUAAAGUGAAUAAUAACAUUUCUGUAGCUGUUUUUUAAACCAUCCUAUAGAGAAUUUAAUAGAGAAUUUAGGGUCUGUCCCCCAACACUUUCACCAACUUUUUACUGGGCUAACUUCAUUGGCUUCAGUGAAAUUAACCUGGAUUUGCACCACAUCAAAAUGAGGUCAUUUUUCUAGAAAUCUGUAAGAUGACUGAUCAAUCCCAUAGAAAGUAUAUUGUUCUCCAUUAAAUCCUGCAGGACUUUGCUACUGGGGCAGUGUCUAUGUAGCAGCAUCUCACCAUCAUAUUGGAGUUUGGCCCCAGCCUUCAACAAUUUCAGCAUUUUCCCACAGUAGAUUAGUUAGAUAUGUUAUAAUUUAUUUCAUGCAAAAAGUUAAGUGCUGGGUAAUUUUUUAAAAUAAGGAUCUGACUCCUAAUAGACUCCAUUUGCUCUACUGGUCAUUAGCCCUGGUACCUAAGGUAAUUUUGAGCUUGCUAGCAUUACAUGCAGAAGAUUGUUAAACACUUGUCUGAACUGAAUCUACCAAAGCAUGGAAGUUCAGAGUGCAGGUGGCUAACUUCACUUUAUCACACAUUCCAUCGUGCCUUAGAACUGGGUUUCUGAGCAUCUUCUCUCCAAAGUACACUGGGAAUGUGAUGUAUACAACCGAGCAUGGCACUGAUGUAGCAACUAUAGCUCUGAACUUCUGUGUCCUUGUAGGUUUAAGUCAGUCUGUCAAUCGCACUGAGUGGCAUAUUAGAAAGCGAUGAGAAUUAGCUACUGUAAUUAGGACAAGGAUCGUGGUCUCGUGAUUAGAGGAGGGAGACCAGAAGUCUGGAUUCCUGGGUUCUUUCAGUGCCCUGGCCACAGACUCACUGUGCAAUUUUGAGCAAGUCACUUAACCUCUCGGUCUGUCUAUCCCUCUUCACAAUAGAGCUUGAUAAUUCUUACUAACUUCCCAGGGAAGGGAAGUGACUAAAUAAAGUAAUUUUAGAGUGCCCUAUGCUGCAUAAAUUCAAAUCCAGAUCCUCCCUCUCUGAAAAGUUUGGUUGGGUUUGUGGUUUUGGAGCAGCCCAUUCCAGAACACCCAUUUUUAGGGUGUUCUAUGAAUUUGGUGGUGUGGGGGCUCUUAGAUCAUUGUUUCUCAAGCAUUUUGAACUCCUUGGAUGGAAGGAGAAGGGGGAGUGUUGUUAUCAUUAUACAUACAGCAGCUAAUUUUCAGACUUGAAAUAUCUGGGUAAUGUUGUUUUAAUUUGGUUUCUCCUCCCUAAAAUAACCAAAGCCAGUUGCCCAUUUGAGUGAGUGAAUAAGUGCCUGGAGUGUUUUUUUAAAAAAUUCAUUCAUAUGUGGUGCCUAAACUGAUACAAAUAUAUUUUGGAAGAUACACACACACACACACACACACUCUGUCAUGUCAGAUUUUCAGCCCUGAUACUCGCGGGUUUCAAAUGGAUCUUUAAUCACGGUAUUGCUCUAAAGCACCAACAAAAUAUUGCUUAGCCACAAUCUUUAUCAUAUAUUUAUUACAUAUCCUCAUUUAUCUAUUCCAAAGAAGCCUUUUUUACCAAAGAGAUCUUGUUCUUUUAAGGUACAUUUCAAAAGUCAUGAUAAAUACUCACGUUGUUUGCUGACGCAUUAACGUUCAGCAAUUUUCCUUUGACAAGGAAUGUGAAGAUCACCGAGACCUUUCUAUUUCAAUCUGCCGAUUUUUUUGCUGGUGGUUCAUUGCCAUUUCUAGCAUUUGUGUGAAAUUAGGGCUUGAUCCCGUGUUUCAGGUCACCCCGUUGGGAGUUUGGGGUGCAGGAACAAGCCCUUGUUUAAGCCUUGGCUCGGGAAAGUAUUUAAGCAUGUACUUAAUAUUCAGCACAUGCUUAAAUCCGUUCCUCAAUGGGACAUAAAGAGAUGCUUGAAUUUACUACAUCAGAUUUGGUUGCCUUGGUUACAGCCAAAUCCCUAGUGACAUCAUCAAAGUGAAUGAUCGUAUUUUGUUAAUGUAAUUGCUUUAUUGUCAUUUAUUGUUUUAUUUUAAUUGUUGCCUGAAUGUUGCCUUUUAAAGCAGAAGACAACAUCACAGCUUUAGAUAAUGCACCUUUCAUUAUGAUUUUUUUUUAAAUAAUUGUUAGAUUUUUAUCGCAGCUGCAAAACACUUGGGGAAUGACUUAGUCCUAGAGACACGGGGGAAGUGAAACGUUUGCGGGUGAGCUCUACACGCGUUCAUCAGACGCUUAGGGCAGAAGCAGGAAUGAAGUGGGACAUAGGUUAGCUCAUUAUCCAGGCAUGAAUUACACACCCUACAAGCAUAAAAGAGUUCUCGGUAUAGAUAUUGUGUGUGGAGACUGGUGCACACAAUCACCAAUUAAAUCCAGUCCAGUAACACAUAUUUUGGGCCCUAAGCCUCCAACCUAGCUGAGUGUAGCAAAGUUUAGCUGGGGCUGCAAAGAGUGCUGGUUCUACAAUAUAAUUUCCCUCCCCUGGCCUCAUGGAAGGUCCGUGGGAGUACUGGGAAAAGGUAAAACAGAGGACAAUGCAGAGACCCAGGAAAAUCCCAUCAUCAGCAUCCAUGGGGGGGGGGCGGGGAAUCUUGUUACUUUGCUUUACUCUAGUUUAGGACAUAAAAUUCUGUGAUGCCCCAUUUUUGUCUAGAAACUGAACAGCUCAAAGGAGGUUUUUUUGGUUUUCGAAUUGUCUUUUGUUAAUGUCUGGUUCCCGUGGUUGAUUCUGUGGGCUGAUUUGAUAUUAGAUCAUCAAGUAGUGCUAAUCAUGCUUUAUAUAGAGAUCAACACUAUAAAUCAGGGUUGACACAUGAGGAUGUGUGCUGUGGAUUUGGGUGGUGAAAGUCUACAUGGGAAACACCAGUCGCGUGUUGAUAUUUGUUUGAGGAUCUACUGCAAAGAAUGGAGAGGGCCACCUAAGGCCAUAUAGAAGUUAGUUAAGUGUGAGUUGAUAUAGGGACUCUGAGAACUAUACUUCUGUUAAAGCUGGUCAAAUUGUUUUACACUAAACUUCUGUUUUGUUGAAAGUUUGACCUUUUCUCUUCAAUACUUUUUGGGGGAAAUUGUCUAUUUUCUGUUCUCGCAAUAUCUUUCACAUCGUUUGUUAUUAAUAGUUUAAUCAAUAUAUUGUUGACAUUUUUAUCCUAAUAGUUUUUGAAAUGGUUCUCAGUUUUUCAUUUACCAAAAAUGAAGUUUUCUUACUCAAAACCAUUUUUAAUAAACAAAAGUUUUCGGUAAUGGUUUCAAAAACUGUAUGGUAAAAAAAUCCUGUAAAAGUGUCAUGAAAAUGUUCAUGGAAAAUGGAUCCUUUCUAGAUGUUAUGAAGCAAACACAUUUUGAAAAUUUUCACAAAAUCUUUCUUGUUUUCUGAUUCACUCUACUUCCUGUGCAGACACCAUUUUCCUAGUUACUAACAAUCCGAAUAAUGUGACUUUUCUGGGAAUAACAGUGUUACUUCUGUUGGACACAGUUUUUGUCUUCUCCCUUCAAACCAUGCCCAGGCUGGUUAGGAAGAUGGUGACCGUGUCAGUUGUCCUUUGUUUCAAGUACUGAAGGGUGUAAGUAGAUUAUGCUCACCAAGAUCGAGAAACUCUGGUUGAACCUCACACCCUAGCACCUUUCCUUUGGGCUUGGGAAAGGCCGUUUUCCAUAUACAUUUCCAGGAAGAUUGCUCUUCCUCCUCGGCAUUUCAAGUUUGCAUUUGAAACAGGUGGUUGGCUGUCUUGAUGCUAGAGCCCUUGUGAAUUGUAAAUGAAAUGUGACUGGCAAUACCGCACCUCUCCUUAAGUUAGUGGUUCUCAAACUUUUGUACUGGUGACCCCUUUCACAUAGCAAGCCUCUGAGUGCGACCCCCCCCCCCUUAUAAAUUAAAAACACUUUUUAAUAUAUUUAACACCAUUAUCAAUGCUGGAGGCAAAGCAGGGUUUGGGGUGGAGGCUGAUAGCUUGUGACCCCCUAUGUAAUAACCUCGCGACCCCCUGAGGGGCCCCGACCCCCAGUUUGAGAACCCCUGCUUUAAGCCAUCUGUGAAUCAGUCCAGUUCCAUUGGUGAGUCCAUAAUAAUAAACAACCUAAUCUAGGGUUCGUGGUGAACACGUAAGUUCUCAGCUUUGUUUUUAGAGACACUAACUAUUGAAAACUCAGUAGAACCGUUUGGAAUUAUAUAUAUAAAAAUAAUAUACAUAUUUUAGAUUGUCCUGAGACUAUGACUCAUUAAAGGUACAGGCAACAGUAGGUAGCCAGGGCAGUUUUUAUUAUACUUGCCCUGUCUUCAUUUCUGUGCCGCCACAGUCUCAAUCUUUUUGGCAUUAACCCAGGUAUAACCAACCGCCCCAUUGAAUUUGCAGCUAUGCUAACAGGGCUAAUCGGAAAUGUUCUUUUAGUUGUUUGUGUGUCUUCCUGAUUAUUCCUCAAUCU